AUGAAUUAUAAUUAUUAUCGCACACAAUUCGACAAUUAGAAUUGUAUUCAUUCAAGUUCAUAAUCAGUUGGUAAAAUAAAAAAGGGAAUUGUCUUUCAAAAUUACCCUUUUAAUCCUGUAUAAGGCUAUAACUCAAACAUGUAAGUUCGUCCAUUUACUUCACAAACUCAGCCUAUCAAAAAGCCUUCAACAGCUCAGGUAAUAAAAAUGAUAUAUAUAUUAGUCUAUUCGUCAUGUUCCAAGAGCAGCAACUUCUCAAACAUAAAGAUAACCAAAUAUGUUGUUUUCUGAGUAAUUUAAUAAUAAUGAGAUGGAGACUAAAUAAAGUAAACGGUAUAUGAAAAUAUACUUUCUCAAAAGUAAUACUAAAAAUAAAUAAAAAAAUUAGCAAAUUAUCGUACCAUCCUUCAUAAUGUCAUGAAUAAUAAACUAAAAGCUUUACCUCCUGGAGACAGAAGAAGAUUAUUAGUUCUUACUAUUGUUUAAGAUAAAUUUAAAGAACUUACAAUUUAAGAAAUAAAUUUGCUUAUAUGUUAACAUGCUGUUUCUGAAAAGUUUUAUGUUUAUUUUUCAGGUUCAUAUAUAAUUUAUUAAUUUAGAUUCUGAAUGGAUUCCUUGUAGUAAAUGUUGUUAAGCUCCUAUAUAUUUAGUACUCACUCCUUAAGCUUAAAAAACUGAUAUAUUUUGUAACUAAUGUUCUCGAAAUCUUUCGAAUCCUCCAAGAUCUGCAGCUUAAAGUAAUAUUAUUUUACCAAAAUAUUCUUUUUCUUAAUAUGGACAUUCAUUACAAGAAUAGAAAGAAAGAUAAAAAGUUAGUAGAAUGAUUAUUUCUGGUAAAUACAGAAAAAUGAAUCUAAAAGAUGUUUAUAAUGAAGUUUAAGAACCAGUUUAACCAGAAGAGUCAUAUAAUUUAGAGUUUCCUGUUAAAGAAAAAUAAUAAGAAAGUACAAUUUUAGAAUUAAAAGACUUAAUUAAUGAAUUAUUUUGA